GAAGCUGGUUUUCGUAUAGGCUAGAAAUCAAAACAGGUGGAAAUUUAAACCGGGCAAGUUUCUGCGUUCUACAAAGCUGAGGUCUACUCCUAUGCACCCGAGAAGGCCAGAGUUUCCCAGUCCCCAUUCCCAGCCCCGUUGGUUUGCUGUAUGGGAAGCACUCCGGACGGUACCGCGACUUUGUGACCUUGGAAACAUUUCACAUCCGAAGAUGCGCUGGAGUGACCAGGAAGGUCCUGUCUUUGGAAGCCUCGUUGCCGCGAGCGUCCGCGAGCGAGAAGUGAACGGCAUCGUUGGACAGUCUGCCCUUCUCUCUGGUUCCUACUGCAAACCCGACCCCGGCUCCGAGCUAACAGUGAAAUGGAAUCUGUACCCCGACCCAACUCCGCUUGUGAAACUGAUCCGAACGCAAUGCUCUCCACAUCCCGACAAACCCGGUUAUAAUUGUUCAGAUCGCUUGAUUAUCACUCCUUCCCACAGAGGACGAGUCCACCUCUAUCCCGACAACGGAUCCUUGUUACUGUGUGAUUUACGGUCCAGUGACAGUGGAGUGUAUGCGAUAUCCGUUUACUGCGGUGGGAACAGCAGCGUCGAAUACAACGUGUCGUUGAUGGUCCACAAUGGGACAGAAAAGGCGAACUCUACUUCCCCAACUACUCCACAGCCUCCGCCAUCACCACGGGGUUUUAUCCCAGCUCUGCCCAUUUGCCUCGGCGUGAUCGUUGUCGUCGCCAUCUGUUUGUCCCUGAAGAUGGCCAGGACACACUGGGGUUGUGGUCGUAAGUCGGACACAACAGAAAAGAUUGCCCAGUCUAAUGGAGUUUCACGAGAGGAGCUGGAUGAGAACAGGGAUCAGAAUUCGCACGUUGACAUCACGUACACCCUUCUGCAGCUUCCUUUGCCUGACUGCCCCACAACAACACAGGGACAUGAGAAUUGCAUCAUUUACUCUGCUCCACGAAAGAACAAGGAUCAGAAUUUGCACGUUGACCUCAUGUACUCCCUUCUGCAGCUUCCUUUGCCUGACAGCCCAACAACACAGGGACCUGAGACAUGCAUUAUUUACUCUGCUCCGCGAAAAGUAUGGUGAGAGUGAAAUGCCUGAGAUAGCUGUGGUUAACAGAACUAUAUCUGCUCCCUACACCCGCAGGAAAAGAUGAACGAUCAGGGAGAUAUAUUGGAAGGGGAGAAAUUUGACAAUCAGGCCUUCUCAAAGGAGGUGGUGAAUAAAGCCAACACCCGGCUGGUCAGGCAGCACCUGUGGAGGGAUAAACUUAAGUACCUGAUCUUGAGAACGGUCACAUAUUUGCAGCACUUUGAUUUUAUAAGCUAUGAAAACCUGAGGAUCUUGUGAAAUGGAUCCUGUGACAGGAACACUGUCCUUGUUGGGGAAUUGUGUAGCAUGUGGAAUGACUUGAAUGAUCAGCAAUCGCUCUAAACCAGAACGACCUGCAAUGCAACAGUGAGCAACCAGGAAAGCUGAAGAGGCCUCUUUGGUAAGCUUCAGGAAACGUAGCUCUGGUGUAAGUCCAUAGAUGCUACCUGACCUGCUGAGUUCCUUCUGCAUUUCGUUUGGUUUGCUGGUUCCUGAUGCAAGAGACAGAUAAAAAAGUGUAAUGUUUUCCUAUGUAUAAGCUUAUUUUGAAGUGUUUAUCAUGUGCAUUAGUUUUGCUGUCAUUCUCAUAAUAAUAGUGUUUUAAAAGUUGUUCAUUUUUUAUUGGAGACUGCUGCACGUGACAAUAAACUAACCUGAAUACUAUUUGCGCUAGCUCUGUAUUAUGAACACAAGAGAUACUGGAAAUGCAAUGUAACACACACAAAAUUCUGGAGGACCUCAGCAGGUCUAGUGGAGUCCAUGGAGAGGAAGAAAUGUUUCAUCAGACCCCUCAUCAGGUCCUGAUGAAGAGCAUCAGACAAAAAAAAUUGACGAUUUAUUUCUGUCCAUUUGCGCUGCCUAGCCCUCUGAGUUGUUCCAGCACUUUGUGUGCAUAUACUUCUAUUAAUAUGUUGUUAGCUCAACUAAAAGCAUGGUGU